AUGAUGUUUGACGAACAUGGGCGUGGUCCUGACGUGAAGAUGUUUUCUUUGAAUUCGGAACUCGGGGAUGUGAAGUACGUAAUGUCGGACAAGACGGGUACGUUGACGCAGAACUGCAUGCGGUUUCGCAUGUGUUCAGUGGGUGGUGUGAAGUAUGCGAAUCGAAGGACAAGGAGAGACAAGACAUUCUCACCAAAGAAACUCGUGUCACACAUCGCCAGCAAUCAGAUGAAUAAUGCGCACCAAAUCCGAGAAUUCCUUCUGCCAUGCGCCAUUUGUCACACGGCAUCUCCAGACAAGAACACGUCCACUGCCGAUCGUCCCCUUUACCAUGCCACAUCCCCUGAUGAACAUGCUCUUCUUAACUUCGCUGCUGAUGCCGGUUUCGUCUUUAAAAGACGCACACCGGGGAAAUGCUUCAUUAAUGCGCGUGUUACAGCUGGGAACCGCCCUGGAGUACGAUUUGGUGGCGAUUCUCGAGUUCGAUUCGAGCGGAAACGAAUGUCCGUCAUCGUGAGGGAACCCGGUGGCAAAUUUAAGCUCUACAUUAAAGGAGCUGACCAAAAAAUUUUCGAGCGACUCAAAAGCGUUUCUCAGAAGGAACUGAAACGAACGGCCGGUCAUUUACAGCAGUUCGCAAUUGGAGGCUAUCGGACUCUCUGUUUUGCUGUGAGGACCAUUGACGUCGCAACUUUCAACGGAUGGUACAAGGAAUAUCUUAAAACUAUUAACGAUCCAACUAAACGGAAGAGUCGAUUAGCAGAACUUGCAGAAGCCAUCGAAAAAGAGCUCGUGUUGAUUGGAGUGUCUGCAAUCGAGGAUCGACUUCAAAAAUACGUACCAGAAACGGUGGGACGACUUGUUGCUGCUGGAAUACGUGUCUGGGUACUCACAGGCGACAAACUGGAAACCGCCGUGAACAUAGGAAAUUCUUGUCACCUUCUCUCUGCGAAAGCGCCGAUGAUGGUUCUCUCAUCGAGUACUGCUCAACGCGCAAAAGAAGAUUUGGCGAAAUAUGCGAAACUUCUCGGCGAAAAAGUGCUCUCCCGAAGGGAUCAACAACUUUCUCUAAUCGUGGACGCCACGGUGAGAACGUGCAGGCAUCAAUGCGACUUCUACUUGAGAGAUGCCUCAUUGUAG